AAUAUGCUUCAAUGAUAUUGUACUUAUCAAAGCUGCCCCCAAUCUUUCUUCAGAAUCAGUUCGCCCAACUUAUGAGGAUUAAAGCUACUAGGACAGGAACUGAUCUUCCAAACGACCAAACCAGACUUUACCUCUGAAAUGGACAUUUUACCAGCUGACCUGUUCCCAGUACGGACUGUGCAUCUACUAAUCACAUCAGGGAGCCUAUAACAACUCCACCCCUGAGAAGAAGCAAGUUGCUCUUUCUGGUGAUCUUUCUCCUCUCAAGCCACUGGCAAUGGCCACCGAGUGUGAUGUGAGCAAAUCUCGCCGCUUCGAUCUUGGCAUGUCUAGGCGAACACGAAGAUCAACAAGUCUCAUCGCUUGCUAUCAGGAUCAGCAUGUGCCGCCCCUGGCACAGCAGCUGCGUCAAGAUGCCAAGCUGAAGACAUUGUUCCAGUGCCAAGAUACAGAGCUUCAGCCACCAUGUCUAUAUGAAGCUCAGGAGCUGAACAUCCUAGAGGCGCCACUGCAAAGCCAAGGUGAUGAACAGGAGACACCGGGUCGAUACCAUGAUGAGCAGGAGGUGAAACUUCGCCAUUAUCUAGAUGAAGAGGAGGAGAAGGAACUUCACCAUUAUCUUGACGAAGAACCGGAGAAGAAACUUCCUGAUUGUCUAGAUGAAGAGCUGGAGAAGAAAACAUUCCAGGAUCAAGACAGAGAGAGGAAAACACCAAAGCAAUAUCUUGAUGAGGAUCAGAAGACAUGGCAGGAAUACCAAGAUGAGGAGGAGAAGGUGCCAAAUAAACACAAAGACGAGGAGAAUGCUCCAGGGAAAUACCAACAUGAGGAGCAGAAAACAGCUGAACAGCGCGAAGAAGAAGAUGAUGAUGAAGAGCACAAGUCACUCGAGGCACAGCAACAAUGCGAAGACACGGAGCAGAAGGCCCCGGGGCAAUGCAAAACUGCAAAGACGAAGCUGAUCACGCCGCCGCCGCCGUGUGCCGACGACGUGCCCCGGUUCUCCCUCCAGGAUCUGAUACAAGAGAAGCAGCUCCUCGUCGGAGAAGCCAAGGCCACCGGCAAGCUCGGGAACGGCGAGAAAGCCAUUGCUGAUCGUAAGCUCCCUGCACCACCUCCGGCUGCCGGCGGCGCGACGCUGGCCAUGGUGAUAAAGCGGCCUGACGGGGGCAAGAGGUCGAUGGGAGUGAUCCGCCGGUGCGUGAAGGCCCUGAACCAGAUGGUCAAGGCCAAGCAUGGCUCCAAGAAGAACAAGCCUUUCUAAAUCACAAAGUGAGUACAUGCAUGAUGCAUUAUCUGGCCCAGAGUUCCCUGGUAGAAUCAGUACAUCUCAUAAUAAUGCACUGUUAUUUGUGCAAAUACAUGUUUUUUGGGGGGAUAGUUCAAGAUGUGCAGAAUCUGCCAAGAAACUCUAGAGCAAGGCCAACCAUCUAUACCUAAAAACAAUAAUCUUGAUCAACUUUAGUAGGCUAUCAUCCAUGUGCUAUGUUUAUCUGAGAUGCUUUCUGGCAUUUGCUCAACAAUGUAAUUAAUUAUAUUACUAAAUGAUGUACCAGAUGAAACAUCAGAGUCUAGAUUAGCUAGUUCACGCGCUCUGAAUGCAUCCUCUGCAAAGUUUAUGUCACACGAAGUAUGAGCACGAGGGAACCGCUCAGUUCUACCGACACUCUCUCAGGUCAGAGAUGGCGUUGGUGCAAGCUCCCUUUCUAUC